UCCAAAGUCCUGGAGAUGACAGAGAACCCUUUCCUUCCUGUCCCCUCUGGCUGCAGGUGGCACAAGCUGCACUCCAAGGCUGGCAAGAAGGAGAAGGAGCGUGGUGAGAUCCUGGUGAGCAUCCAGUUCACACGGAACAGCCUGACUGCCAGCAUGUUCGACCUGUCCAUGAAGGACAAGCCCCGCUCAGCCUUUGGCAAGCUGAAGGACAAGGUGACAGGCAAGAAGAAGUACGAGCUGGAGUCAGCCUCUGCCAUCAUCCCCAGCAGCAUGGCAGCCCUGGACGUGGAGGAUGACUUUGAGCUCGGGGACAAGAAAUCCAGAGUCAAGGGCUUCUUCCUGAGGAGCAAACUGCGAAAAUCCUCCCUGAGCCAGUCCAACACCUCGCUGGGCUCUGACAGCACCAUCUCCUCUGCCAGCCUGAGCCUGGCAGGCACUGCCCCUGAGGGCAGCAAAUCCCCCAGCAGACACGGCAGUCUGUCCACUGAGCGCUCUGUGAAGGAGCUGCUGGCCUCGCCGAAGCCGAGCCACAAGAGAGCCCUGAGUGAGGACGCGUCCCGGCCGAGCCCGCCGAGCCCCCAGCCCCGCCAGGAGCCCGGGCCCCGCUCCUCGCUCUGCAUCAACGGCAGCCACGUCUACGGGGAGGCUGCGGCGCCCGGCCCUGCGCCCCUGCCCCUGCCCCGCAGGCAGGAGCAGCCUCUGGCCUUCCCCCCGCUGCACCCCCAGCCCCAGGAGCCGCCCUGGGCGCUGGACAGAGCCCAGCAGAGGGACGAGCCCAGGUUCAUCCCCUCCCCUCCCAGCCUGGCCCUGCAGGAAGAGCUCAAGGUGUCCACCAAGGCCGUGACCCUCAGCAACCACCUGGGCAGGGCCAGGAUGGAGGAGAGCAAAGCUGCAGCUGCCCCGGGCUCCUCCAGCGAGCCAGCCGAGGAGACGGCGCCCGAGGACAGCAGGAAGGAGGACAAGAGAGCCAAGGGAGGCUUCUUCCACCACGGGGGCAAAGGCCAGGGGGACGGAGGGACCCCCACCCACACCUCGGCUGCGGGGGAGGAGAGGAGUAAGAGCAGCGGCUGGUUUGGCUCCAAGGAGCCCAGAGAGUCCCAUCAGAAACCCAGCCCCCACCCCGUGAAGCCCCUGAGUGCUGUGCAGGAGGGCUCCAGCCAGAGGAAGCAGCAGCCCAGGGCCAGCCUGAGCUCAGCCUUCAGCAAUGGCCUGGAGAGGCUGAAGACAGUGACCACGAGCAGCGUGCAGCCCGUGGCCCCAGGCUGCCCCCCGGACUGCGCCGAGCCCAAGGAGCCUGCCCAGCCUGACCAGUCGGCCAAGUAUUACCACCUGACCCACGAUGAGCUGAUCCAGCUGCUGCUGCAGAAGGAGGGGGAGCUGAGCAAGAAGCAGGAGCACAUCCAGGAGCUGGAGAACUACAUUGACCAGCUGCUGGUGCGGAUCAUGGAGCAGUCCCCCACUCUGCUGCAGAUCCCUCUGGGCUCAGGCCAGGCCCCCUGAGCCUGCUGGGGUCAGGAGCCACGCUGCCAGCACCCUGCACCCCUGCUCUCACCCCAGCCUCCUGUUCCCAGAGUCAGCAGGAGGGGCUUCUGCUCCUUCCCAGCCCAGCUCAGCUCCAGGGAGCUGCAGGGUGAGGGGCUGCCAGCACCCUAUGGGGAGGAGCAGAGCCCUCCCCAGCAGGCAGGUGCCACCCCUCCUGCCGGAGCUUUAAUGACCCAUGGACAUCUGAGAGCUGGAAACCAUCUCCCCAUGAGUGACUUCAUCCUGCUGCUGCUCCUCUGCCCACACUCCUCCUCCUCCUCUCUGCCCUGGUGUUGGAUGGCAGGGAGGGGCAGGAUGAGUCUGCCAAGAUAAAAUACAGCUGGAGACAGAGAGCUGGGUGAGGAGAGAGGGAGCUCUGCUCCUGUCCAGCCCCUGCACGAGGAGGAGGAGGAGGAUUUGUUCCCUGGGAGAAGCACUCCUUCCUGCACUCCCCUCCUGGGAAAUACCUGAGGCUUUGCACUGCUCCAGCUGCUUCUGUUCCUCCUCCCUCUGUGUUUCUGGGGUGGGCUGGCAGUGGCCAAGGGAAGGAGUUUCUGCCAUUUCAGAAAGUGCCAGGAGCCUCUCAGAUGCCAUGGGUGCCCCCCUGUGUCCCUGUGAGCAGCCAGGGAGGAGCUGUGGGCCCUGGGCAUGCAGCAGGGCAGGCAGUGAGUGCUGGGGAAAGGCAGAGGAAUUCCUCAGGAGGGCAUGCAUUACUGCAGGAGGUGCAGAGCCAACAUCUCCCCCAGGAGCCAGGGCCCCUCUCUGGCCCCCACCCCACACCAACACCCUGUUCUUGGCCCUGUGCCCCUGCAGGGGUGGCUGGUGGUGCUCCCCACACAAGUGCCAAUGUUUAUAUGGAUCCCAGGCACCUCCUGCCCACCUCUCCCUCCUCUCAGUCGUGUCUCACCACCUCCCUCAGCCCCCUCUGCCUUAGUCAGCUCUGCCUUGUUUUGCUCCAAAAGCCUGAAUGUUUUGCACUUGAAUAUCAAAAGUUACUCUCAGAGCUCAGCAGGUUGUACCAGGUGUGCAGCCCUGCCAGCAAUAGGUGCUUCCACAUCUCCUGUUUGUAGCAAUACCUCUUCUAUUCCCUCAUCUCCUGUUUCCAGCAAUACCUGUUCCCCCUUUUCCUGCCUUUGCAGCAAUAGGUGCUUCCACAUUUCUUGCCUUGCCAGCAAUACCUGUUCUGUCCCCUCCUUUCCUGCCUUUCCAGCAGUAGGUGCCUCAACAGCUCCUUCCUUUCCAGAAAUUCCUGUUCUAUUCCCUCACCUCCAGUCUUUCCAGCAGUAGGUGUUUCCAUAUCUCCCAUUUCCAGCAAUACCUGUUUCUUCAUCUCCUGCCUUUCCAGCAAUAC